AGGGGACACCUUAUCAGGUCGCACUUCCUGUCGUUUGCUUAUUCGAGACUUCAGGGUUGUUUACAUGCGCCGUCUGUAUUACCUUUAAAUACUUAUACAACUGCACAAUUGUGUCGCCAAGUUUUAGUUAUGAUUGUGUGCGAGUUCAGAUCUACUUUAGAUUAGGUUCACCAUUCGCUGUAUCAAUGGGAGCUCAUUACUGCGCCAUAUGUAGGCAGACGACGUUCGACGGAAAGGGACACAUCUUUGGCAAAAGUCAUCAGAGCAGACUUCGAGUGGUUCUUCACAAAUUCAUAGAAAAGGUUAAAGAAGCUCGUCGGACACUUAAAAAGCCCCAAGUAGAAAAAUAUGAUUCCACCCAACACGAUCAGAAGUUCUGGUGCUACUGCUGUGAGCUCGAGGUCCAAAGACACGUCACUGACAACAACAUGACCGUGCUGUGUGGAGGCUUGAUCGAACACAUGGCCACCGCAGAACAUAGGAAGAAUACACAUAAGUUCUGGUGGGACAACAAGGCUGACCCCAAGCUCCGAGACAAGGUUAUCAUCACAGAGGAGGAGACUGAAAGGUUCAAAUCUGAGGUGUCAAAUGCGUUGGAAACAUUUGUGGAGGUGGAGGACAACUACAUUGAGCAGCAAGCUGAAUUCAUCCGGCGUCAGGAGAAGCAUCGCCAAGAUGUUCUUCAGUCUCUUCUAGAGCAUGAAUCAGAGGCAGAAUUGACCAAUGGUCCUAAUGGCACCAAUGUUUCAGCUGAGGAUCCUGUCAGAUUUCAGCCUGAGGGAUCAGACCAGCAGCAGACCAGCAGGUUUGUUGACUCAAUGGCUGGAGCACCAGGACCUGCAUCAGGAAUGAACUUGACCUUCAUAGGCUUUCAGGAUCCUUCCAACCGUGGAAAUGUUCACACAGGGGCCGUCCCUCCUUGGCUCCAGGAUGACGAUCCUCUAGAAGGAUCUUCUGGUGGAACGGCACCUCCAGAGAUCGGCCCGUCACUCCAGGACUUCCUCAAACAGAAGGAACGGGAGAAGUUAAAGAAGCUUCCACCAAACAGAGUCGGGGCCAACUUUGACCACACCUCUCAGACAGACGCAAACUGGCUUCCCUCGUUUGGAAGAGUUUGGAACAGCGGUCGACGAUGGCAAUCCAGGCACCAGUAUAGACAAGAGGAGGAUCAUGAUAACAGAGCGAAGAGGAAGUCGGAUCACAGCGCAGAGGCUUCAAAGAGAGUGAAAAAGACAAGGAAUUAUGACAUCACUUGAAGUAUAACAAUUUCUGAGUGGAAAAUGUGUUUAGUUAAAAAAUGUUUUUUUUUUAGGAGCUUAAGACACAGCACAGUAUUCUGUUAACCAUUUUCUUUAUGUUUUCCUAAUUAAUUAGUUAACUUUGUUUUAUAAUGUCCAAUAUGUUUGAUCACCUAAUCCAUUGUGAUAACAUCUUAAAAAUAAAUACCCUCAUAUACACUCAAUGUUACAGCGUUAAACACAAGCGCUCGAAUGUGCCAUCUGAAUUUCCACCAGCAGGGGGCAGAAGAGACUCAAAAAUCAAGGAACUGCUUCGCUUCUGCAGGAGAUCCAGACAUGAAAUGUAUAUGUGGCAUUUUGUUGACAAUUAAAAACGAAUGAUGUGUAGUCAAGAAAUAUUUUGCACGUGAAGAAAUAUAAAAAGUCUACCUGGUACUGUCAAACCUACCAAUAACAUGUAACACCCAUCAUGGUUGUUGUAACGAAUAACUAAGACAAUGUGAUCAGCUUGUGUAAAUAUUUAUUACUUUAAAAAUAAGGUGAUGCAACACCUUCACAUUUUUAUGUUGUAUUGUUCUUCAGAAUAAAGGUCAUGGAGAUGC